AAGCUCUGUAUCUAUAGGUUUGGCAUUUGUGAAUUCAACUGAUCUUAGGUCAAAACUAUGCAAAAAGCCAAGCCUGGUGGUACAGUCCUGUAAUCAUAGCACUUUUGGAGCCUGAGGUGGGAGGUUCACAAGUUGGAGCCUGGUCUGGGCAACAUAGUAACUGUGCAAGCUCCUGUUUCAAAAAAGAAGAAAGAAAAGAAAAAGGGGGUUGGGCUGGAACGGUAGCUCAGUGCAAAGGCCCUGGAUUCAAUUUUUUGCUCAGUAUUGCAAAAACAAGUACUGUGAGGUAUAGCUUGGUGGUAAAGCACAGCUUAGCAUGCCUGAGGCCCAGGGUUGAUCCCCAGCACCAAAACACACAACACUAAAAAUUGUAUUUAAAUUACAGGAAAGAAGGAUGUGUGCUGGUUUUAUCAAGUACUGUCCAAUUUUUAAGAAAUUGGAAUACUUGUGGAUUUUGGUAUCCAAGGGUUUCCCCCAGCCAAUUCCUCACAGACACCAGGGGAUAAUUGUACAUCCUUUUAUUUGGUGUAUCAUGUUUACCUUGUUUUGUGUGCAUACUUUUUUUUUUUUUGGUCCCUGGCACUUGCGAGGCAGGUGGUGGAACCACUGAGCCAAAUCCCCUGCCACGUGUGUAUACGUUUUUAAUUCACACAGCUGGUGUUCUGCCUUGACUUCAUUUAAUUCCUUGCCAAGACCAUGAUUGGGAUUUCAUUUAUGUUGCUCUGGAUGUAUCUGGAGCCCAGUUUCUAAGUGUGCAUGAACUGCCAUGCAGGCUCCCCACGUCACCUUGGACCUGGAUCCUCUGGUAACAAGGCCGCCAUAUCGUCUCCUCCUUGUCACAACAGACAGGGUGAAAAUCCUGUGUCCAUUCUCUUCCUCUGCCUCUUCAUACAGCCUCAUGGUAUUGCCUGCUGCUCUUAGUUGGUGUCCGACAACCAGACUGUUUGGCCUUGGCGACAUCCUGACCUUCUCAAGCCCUCUUUCUGGUAAAUUGUGACUGUGGUUCCCAGACACUCUUGGCAGACGUUCUCUUGUCCUGCCAUCUUCCCCAGCGAUGGUUCUCACAGGCUGCAUGGUUCGCUUCCUGUCCUUGUCUUCAUUACUGGUUGCUGUACAUUUAUUCCAACCACAAGUAUUUGCUGCUUUCCUGUGCUGGUGCAGCAUUCGCUGGUCUGGCUGGUCCUAAGGGUACCUGAGGCACAGCUCUGAAGGGAAGGAGCCUUGGGGCACCCGCCUGGCUCCUGUUCCCACCCCUCCGCCUCCCGGCUGUGUGACCUUAGGCAGCUUAUUUCACCUUUCUAUGUCUCGUUUUCUCUUUGCAAAGCAGGGCUGAUAGCCAUGCUUACGUUAUAUGUGUUUCUGUGCGAAUUAAGUCAUCAGUUCACGCAAGUGUAGUCACUAGCUGUGCCUGGCACCUAAUGAGCCCUUGUGAAAUGGCAGCUGUUCAUGAGAGCAGAGUCAGGGGUCACUCUGGAUAGCAGCCCCUGUUACGCGGUGCCCAUGGCUGCCCGCCCAGGGUAGAGCAUUUGUUUAGGAGCAGCCGGGCAGAGCACUUUCCGGAAGCCACGAUUACAGAUGUUAGUGUGGUGCUGUCAGCACGAUAAGGAGAGCAAGUGUGGGUCCAUACGGUGGCCCAGGUGCCAAUCCCUGUCACUGCCUUGUCUGGGAGGGAGACAGGGAUUGUAGGGUGAGGCCAGGACUCGCGGGGUUCACUCAUCGUUACUCUGCCUGCACAGAGCAGACAGCAGGCGGCCUGGCUUUGGAGGGAUGGCGAUGCAGCCCUUCCUUUCAGUCCUGUCGAGGGUGGAGAGGAAAACUGGCUGUUCUUGCCGACAGUCUGAGGAUCGUGUGUUCGAUGCCAGCGGCUGCUCGGGGAGGACGCAGGACAGGCGUGAGAAGGGGAUGUCGGAGUGCAGUGGGCAAGGCAGGCACUGGGCAGGCGAGAGUAGAGGGAGCCAGGCCAGGCCGGCCAGAGCCAGCUGUCUGCACCCGUCUGCCCACACAUGGGCAAGGGGAACAGAGGGUGGGCAGGGCCCCAGCAGUGAGUGCUGUGCGCGGAGCCGUGAGAGCGGCGGGCCAGGCCCGGCAGGCCGACGCGGCUGCGCUUCAUUCACCACGCCAUGUUGGCAGCUGCCAGCCAUGCGAGGACUGUGUCCUGGCCACUGUCGCCACAGUACCUGGGAAACCAACCCCAGUAACUGUGAGAGAAUGUACUGAAGCACACGGUAGGACUGCACGCAGUGCGUGGGUUUCUAGUUUGCUGUGUGGCCUGCUGACUAAAAGUGGAGAUGAACAAAAAUCGUAGGGUAAAAAGAGUUGACAACUGUCGUUUUCUCACCAUGGUUCUUACCUGCAUCUUGUCCUGGCCACCUAGCAGGGACCGAUGGGAAGCUGUGGCCGGAUGUUUCGUUAAGCAAGGACCUACCCAGGAGAGGCUGAGGAGCCAUGGAGCAGUGUGCAUGUGUGGAGAGGGAACUGGACAAGGUCCUGCAGAAGUUCCUGACCUACGGGCAGCACUGUGAGCGGAGCUUGGAGGAGCUGCUGCACUAUGUGGGCCAGCUGCGGGCUGAGCUGGCCAGCGCAGCUCUCCAGGGGACCCCUCUGUCAGCCACCCUGUCCCUGGUGAUGUCCCAGUGUUGCCGGAAGAUCAGAGACACCGUCCAGAAACUGGCCUCGGACCACAAGGACAUCCACAGCAGUGUGUCUCGAGUGGGCAAAGCCAUCGACAGAAACUUCGACUCUGAGAUCUGCGGCGUGGUCUCCGAUUCGGUGUGGGACUCUCGGGAGAAGCAGCAGCAGACGCUGCAGACAGCCAUCGUGGAGCACCUGUACCAGCAGGGCAUGCUCAGUGUUGCUGAGGAGUUGUGCCAGGAAUCAACACUGAGUGUGGACUUGGAUUUUAAGCAGCCCUUCCUGGAGCUGAACCGAAUCCUGGAAGCUCUACAUGAACAGGACCUGGGCCCUGCCCUGGAAUGGGCCAUCUCCCACAGGCAGCGCCUGCUGGAGCUCAACAGCUCCCUGGAGUUCAAACUGCACCGCCUGCACUUUAUCCGCCUUCUGGCCGGAGGCCCUGAGAAGCAGCUGGAGGCCCUCAGCUAUGCCCGGCACUUCCAGCCCUUUGCUCGGCUGCACCAGCGGGAGAUCCAGGUGAUGAUGGGCAGUCUGGUGUACCUGCGCCUGGGCCUGGAGAAGUCUCCCUAUGGCCACCUCCUGGACAGCAGCCACUGGGCAGAGAUAUGUGAGACCUUCACCCGGGACGCGUGCUCGCUGCUGGGGCUCUCUGUGGAGUCCCCCCUCAGCGUCAGCUUUGCCUCUGGCUGUGUGGCGCUCCCCGUGCUGAUGAACAUCAAAGCGGUGAUCGAGCAGAGGCAGUGCACCGGCGUCUGGAGCCACAAGGACGAGCUGCCGAUCGAGAUCGAACUAGGCAUGAAGUGCUGGUACCAUUCGGUUUUCGCCUGUCCCAUCCUCCGCCAGCAGACGUCAGAUUCCAACCCUCCCAUCAAGCUCAUCUGCGGCCACGUCAUCUCCAGAGAUGCGCUCAACAAGCUCAUUAACGGAGGAAAGCUGAAGUGUCCCUACUGCCCCAUGGAGCAGAACCCGGCGGAUGGGAAGCGGAUCAUCUUCUGAUUCCCGGAGAGGGACUUUG